AUGGUCAAGGCCAGCAACUUGUUCUACUUCCAGGGCACGCGCACCCGCAAGCCCCUGGGGGUCAUCCCCCUGGAGGGUGCCCUGGUAGCCGCCGAGCAGCUGCUCGUGCCCUCGGGGCGCGAAAGCGCGCCGCCGCGCGCGCUGCACACGCUACAGGUUGCGCUUCCGUCUGGGUGCGGCGGGGCGGAGGAGCUGGGUGACGCGGCCUACCUGCUGGCGGCGCCCUCGCCCGAGCUGCAGGUGGCGUCGAUGGGGGGCUGA